GGAGCAGGAGGUGGGGGAUCAGGAUCUGGAGGAACAGCUGGAGGAGGAGAAGGAGGAGGAGCAGGAGAGCGGCUGAGCCGGCCCGGGGGAGGACGCCGUCUCAGGGGCAAGUGCAGCCUGCCGGGUGGGGAUUGAUGCCCCGGGUUCCCGCCGCCGCCGCCCGCACCACCCUGGGAGCAGAGCCCGCAGGAAGGCGGCGGAGAGAUGAUCGCAGAGUUGCUGAGCAGCGCGCUGGGGCUUGCCUUGUACCUCAACACCCUGAGUGCGGAUUUCUGCUACGAUGACAGCCGUGCCAUUAAGACAAAUCAGGACCUGCUUCCAGAAACUCCAUGGCUGCACAUUUUCUACAAUGACUUUUGGGGAACUCUACUAACGCACAGCGGUAGCCACAAAUCCUACCGGCCUUUUUGCACCCUUUCCUUCCGCCUAAACCAUGCCGUGGGGGGUCUGAACCCCUGGAGCUACCACCUGGUCAAUAUCCUGCUGCACGCAGUGGUGACUGGCCUCUUUACCAGCUUCUCCAAGAUGCUCCUGGGAGAUGGGUACUGGACCGUGUUGGCCGGCCUGAUGUUCGCCUCGCACCCCAUCCACACAGAAGCUGUGGCAGGCAUUGUAGGGCGUGCUGACGUUGGGGCCAGUCUCUUCUUCCUCCUCUCCUUGCUCUGCUACAUCAAACACUGCUCCACCAGAGGCUGCUCGGCCCGGACUUGGGGCUGGAUCCUGGGGACUGGGCUAUGUGCUGGAUGCAGCAUGUUGUGGAAGGAACAAGGAGUGACUGUGCUCGCAGUUUCUGCCGUCUAUGACGUUUUCGUCUUUCACAGACUGAAAAUGAACCAGAUCUUGCCAACCCUUUACAAAAGGAAGAACUUGUCACUUUUCCUGAGCGUCAGUUUGUUAACUUUCUGGGGCACCUCACUUUUGGGUGUCCGCUUGUACUGGAUGGGGAACAAGCCUCCGAGUUUUUCCAACUCUGAUAACCCGGCUGCUGACUCAGAUAGUCUCCUGGCUCGCAUGCUCACUUUCUUCUACUUACCCACCAAGAACCUCUGGCUGCUGCUGUGUCCAGAUACUCUCAGUUUUGAUUGGUCGAUGGAUGCAGUGCCUCUGCUUCAAAGCGUUUGUGAUUGGAGAAAUUUACACACCGUGGCCUUCUACCUGGGACUCUUGUUCCUGGCCUAUUAUAGCCUGAAGAGCCCAAGCACAGAACGAGAAUGCUAUAGGAAAUUUGUGACAAAUGGCAAGCAGAAUGCCAAUGGCCAUAGCUGCCACUGUGAGGCUGGGUACCAGAACUCAGAGAUGAAGCUUAGUUUUUCCUCCAAAGUGGAAAAUGGCUUUGAAAAUAAUGUGCCACAGAGACCACUGCUCCCUUCUACAGAAAACAUUGUUGUAUUAUCGUUAUCUCUGUUAAUCAUACCCUUUGUUCCUGCCACCAAUCUGUUUUUCUAUGUCGGCUUUGUGAUUGCAGAGCGUGUGCUGUAUAUUCCAAGUAUGGGCUUCUGCCUCCUCAUCACCGUGGGUGCCAGAGCCCUUUAUGUCAAAAUCCAAAAGCGGUUUCUCAAGAACUUGAUUUUUUAUGCUACAGUAACAUUAAUAGUUUUCUAUGGACUCAAGACUGUGAUCAGGAAUGGAGACUGGCAGAAUGAAGAAAUGCUGUAUAGGUCAGGGAUCAAAAUUAACCCAGCUAAAGCAUGGGGUAACCUUGGGAAUGUUUUGAAGAGUCAGAGCAAAAUUGCUGAAGCUGAAAGCGCCUAUAGAAAUGCGUUGUACUACCGGAGCAACAUGGCAGACAUGCUUUAUAAUUUAGGGUUACUUCUACAAGAGAACAACAGGUUUGCAGAAGCAUUACACUAUUACAAGUUGGCGAUUGGGAGCAGACCUACACUUGCUUCUGCCUACUUGAACACUGGUAUCAUCCUGAUGAACCAAGGGAAGACAGAAGAAGCCCGACGCACAUUUCUAAAGUGCUCUGAUAUCCCAGAUGAAAAUCUCAAGGACCCCCAUGCUCAUAAGAGUUCAGUUACCAGCUGUCUUUAUAACCUUGGCAAACUUUAUCAUGAGCAGGGACAAUAUGAGGAUGCCCUUAGUGUAUACAAGGAAGCGAUUCAGAAAAUGCCAAGGCAAUUUGCCCCACAGAGUUUAUACAACAUGAUGGGUGAAGCAUACAUGCGAUUGAGUAGGUUCCCAGAAGCUGAGCACUGGUACAUGGAAUCUCUAAGAUCCAAGACUGACCACAUCCCUGCUCAUCUCACUUAUGGCAAACUGCUUGCUCUAACUGGUCGUAAGAGUGAAGCUGAAAAGUUCUUCUUGAAGGCUAUUGAGCUGGAUCCCACCAAAGGAAACUGUUACAUGCAUUAUGGUCAGUUUCUUCUGGAAGAAUCUCGCCUCAUAGAAGCUGCUGAGAUGGCAAAAAAAGCAGCAGAACUGGAUAGCAUGGAGUUUGAUGUGGUCUUCAAUGCUGCACACAUGCUCAGACAGGCAAGCCUCAAUGAAGCAGCUGAGAAGUAUUAUGAUCUGGCAGCCAAGCUGAGACCUAAUUACCCGGCCGCGCUGAUGAACCUGGGUGCCAUCCUGCAUCUCAAUGGGCAGUUGCAGAAGGCUGAGGCCAACUACCUGCGCGCUUUGCAGCUCAAGCCCGAUGAUAUCAUCACGCAGUCCAAUCUCCGCAAACUCUGGAACAUCAUGGAGAAGCAAGGCUUAAAGACAGCCAAGACCUGACCCAGGGAGCCGUUCCUCAUCGCCCCACCAUGCUAAGCUGCCACAAUGAACAGGACUUAACUACUGUGCACUCAAAAGAACAAGCUUGGACUUGCGGAUGCAGGGAUAGGUCCGCAAGGUUCCUCCCUGCUGCUUCUCGGAGUAUUCAUUUAGCUUGUUGGCACAGUCAUUAACACCCAAAAAAAAAGGGGGGGGGUUGCACUGGAUACCUCCUGGAGAGGUUGGAAUUGGUUCUCACCUAACUGAAAACCAGAGCACUUAAAAGAGCAUCUUGGGGGCAUUCUAAGGUGGGAGAGGAGGCAAAGUUCUACUGUUGGGGUACUUUUGAAUGCAAAAUAAA